ACAGCGCUAUGGCAGUAGCUGGGCCGAGUGUCAACAGAACAUAGCGUAGGGUACCUUAACCGCAGCAAAAUUGGCUUGACCGAGGUAGGUAGCGUUUUGGGUCUUGGGAAGAAGGGAAAAGGGGGCCAACCGAACUGACCAGGUUCCGCAGAUCUUGCAGACUUAUUCAAGACUUCCAGUAUUGCUUCUGACAGCCGCUGUUGCCAAAACGUUGAGGCAUUUUUCGCCCAGCAUGUUUCCAUCGUCAACAUUGCUCCCCCCGAACACCAGUAGCCACCGGGAGCCUGAAAUACAUGUACCCCCUCUCAAUCCCAAGGAUAUCUUCUCUCGCCAAUGGCGCAACAGCCCAAAAGGUGAUAUCUGGUCGGCGCUGGAGGAUUGGUUUGUUCUGAAUGAGAACAAGGAAUUCGCGCUGAAGGAGUCCUUGGCGGCCAAGGAUCCUUUGUCAAAUUGGACCAUUCUGCACUUUGCCUGUGCCCACGAUGCCCCUCAAAAAUUGGUCCGAAAGUUGCUUGAAGCACUUCCUGGUGGCCUCUCCUUGAGAGACUCCGAGGGGCGCACUCCUUUGCAUCUGGCCUGCGAGAAUGGUGUCUCUAUAGAACUUGCAGAGUAUCUGGUAUCCGAGGCAGCCAAAGGUUUUCUACUAGAAACCGUCGACGGUAUGGGUCGCACUCCAAUGCACACGGUUCUAGACCAAGCUCACCUCAAGGGAUCCGCGGGUAUGCUUGAAUUGUUGUUGGGGCAGAGUUUUGAGCCGAAGAAGAUAGAAGACAAAGAAGGACGCUUCCCCCUCGCUUGCCUCAAGAAAUUCAAACCAGAAAAUUGCUCCAAAGAAGAAAUGGAUAACAUUGUGGCUUGUUUUGAAGCCUACAUUGCGUCGGUUCAAUUUCUGGAGUCAAGAUCAACCCGGAAGGAUCCUGACUUCUAUUUCCUCGCCCUUUUGGACGAGUUGCCUUGGUGGUUGUGGGAGCGUGCCGCAUCCUCUUCGACGAUGCAGACCCUCGUCAAUAAAGUAUUCUGCUCCGGUGGUGUGACACAGUUUUUGGUGAUGAGGUUCAUGUCUUUGGUCAUUAUCUUAGCCUGUCUACCGCUGGUAUGGGCAGACUACAAUGAACAAUUCGCUGGCUGGCUUAUUCCCUACUUGCUGGUGGGGGCCUCGGCUUGCCUGCUGUUCGAGAAGGGAAUUCCCAUGAUGACCAGGGCCGUCAAGGGGAACAUAUUCUGUCGACUGCAGAGGCAUCCAGCGGAAUUGGUUUAUAUUUUGCUCGGCAUGUACACGUUGGUCAUCUCAAUAUUCAUGCUGACAAUGACAGUAAGAGAGGGAUCUCCGUUCUCAAGCGAGGAAGCAACGUUUUGGAGAGCACUAACUGUGAUCUCCAUUGCAAUGACAUCGUGGGCGCUAGUUGCGUUCUUUCGAUUGGUAUCUGUUGACUUCGCUCAAAUUACAAACGGGGUCGUCACGACGGCCAAGAAAAUCAUGGCUUUUAUGCUGGCUUUUACGAUUGUCUUGGUAGCCUUUGCAGAGAUGCUCUAUAUUUCCACCACUGGAACUGAAGAAUGCACCCGACAAUCUGACUUUUGCAAUUUCUUCGAUGCACUGCUGAAGGUCUAUACCAUGUCAGUUGGAGAAGUCAGCGAAGAUGACAUUCCCAAGAAUGGCUUUUCCAUCUUUCUCUACGUUGUAUUUGUCUACGCAGUUGUCCUCUUAUUGGCCAAUGUGUUGGCCUUCAUCAUUGGGAAUGAUAUCUGGAGUAAAGAACAAACGAGCCAGGGCUUCUGGUUGAACCGGAUGAACUAUCUCGCAGAAGUGGGGUCAGUAUUUGCUUCGAAGAAAAGGGAAAUAAAUUUCUUUGGGGGCAGGUGUGAAAUUGACCUUUGUUGCGAAGUCGACUGUUCGGCGGCGUCCAGCAGGACUUGGCAGAAGUUGACGUCGGUCUUUGAAGACAAGGGUCUAGGAACACUUUCGCCAAUGUUUUGGCUGACAAUGGUGCUGCGCUUUCUCUCGGCCAUAGCGUUAUCGCUGUGGGUUCUCAUAGGGUUAGGUUUCUUUGGAGCGUUUUGGCCUGCCAGUGUCAGAGAAUUUUUGUUUUGGGUUCCGACAAAGGAAGAGAAAGCCCAAGCAAACAAGGAUGUCGCAGCCAAGAACACAACACAAAGUGUCUUGGAAUUGAGCUCCAUCAAGUCAGAAAGGACAUGAAUGCUAUGGAAGAAAAGCUUUCAAAUGAAAUCAAGAGCAUGGAAGAAAAGCUUUCGAAGGUUUUGGCCUUGUUGGAAAACCAACAGAAGACGCUACCCGCCCAAACCUAGCUAGCUGCCCGGUCGUAUCCCCAGAUUUGCAUAGCAUGCCGCUGAUCGCAACAUUGCCGAGCACCCAUCCCUGGGCGAAGGUUUUCCCGAUCUUCGCCUUUUUAAAAGAAAAUCAGCUGGCUU